AUGCAAAUCUUCAUCUCCGCGACGACUUUGCUAGUCCUGGCCACCAACUAUGACUAUAUUAUCGUUGGAGGAGGUACCGGCGGAUUGGCAGUGGCCCAUCGUCUUGCUGAGGAUGGUCGCAAUUCUGUCGCCGUGAUCGAGGCGGGCGGCUUCUACCAGGAGUCUGGGAAUUUCUCGGUCAUUCCGGCAUACGGUGAAGCUGCUUUCACUUCGAUCAGCCCGGACGCCAUCAACGAGAGUCCGGAAAGGGACCUGACCUGGCCUUUCGUUACCGUGCCACAAGCCUCUGCGGGCGGUGCUCAAUUUCGCUAUGCGAGAGGCAAGACGCUGGGCGGAACAUCCGCUCUCAAUUCGCAGAACUACCAGAGACCUCCGGUCGGCUAUCACAAAGUCUGGGCGGAACAGGUGGGAGACCCGAGCUACGAGUGGUCCAACAUGUUCCGGUACUACCAGAAGUCUACAAAUUUGACCCAGCUCACCCACCUGAGAGCGAAGAAUGCAUCGUUUCCGCCAAACAACCUGGCCGGAGAGACGUCCGGUCCUCUCCAAAUCUCCUACGGCACCUGGGCGACUCCCAUUGCAUCUUGGAUCCAGCGAGCUUUCCGCGAACUCGGCGUUGCUGACGCUCCCAGUCAGAUCAAUGGAGCCAUUCUCGGAGCACAGUACAAUCCUGUUACCCAGAACUACGAUACUCAGACCCGAGAAUCCUCCCAGACCUCCUACCUGGACGCCUCGUUCAAGCAUGGUCGCACCAAUCUCAAGGUCUACAAACACUCACUGGCACAGAAAGUUAUCUUCAACAGCAAGAAGGAAGCCGUCGGAGUCGCCGUGCAAGGUCUCGAGUCAGGACAUCCUUUCGUCUUGUCUGCCGACAAGGAAGUCAUCGUCUCGGCUGGCGCUUUCCAGUCGCCUCAACUUCUCAUGGUCUCCGGUGUCGGUCCCAAAGCUACGCUACAAAAACACAACAUUCCAGUGGUCGCCGACCGUCCUGGCGUAGGUCGGAACCUUCAGGAUCAUACAAUCUUCAACGUCGCCCAAGAAGUCAAUGUCCAGACGUACACUGGUCUGGCGGGAGACCACUUCCUCGCCUGGGAGAACCUACCCGCCAAGUACCGCACGGCCUUCACCGCCCAGACUAAAGCCGAUCUUGCGCAAUAUCCAGCAGACUGGCCAGAGGUCGAAUACAUCGUCGCUUCUGCUCCCUUUGGCGCCGCCGAAUUCUCCACUCCCAAAGACCCGAAGAAUAUCUUCUACUUCACUCCCUGCCUCAACCGCCCACAAUCCCGCGGCAACAUUGCCAUUUCCUCCUCCAACAUGCGCGAUCAACCACUCAUCAACCCAAACUUACUCUCCACCAAGACCGAUGAGCAAGUCCUCGUCGCUACAUUCCGCCGCACGAGAGACUUCUUCAACGCUAAGUCUUUCAAGCCGGUGCUCAUCGGUGAAGAGCUGCUGCCUGGAAAAGAGAAUGUACCGCUCGAUGCGACGGAUGAGGAGAUUUUGACGUACCUGAAGGCUUCCAACUCGGGUUGGUCUUGGCAUGCGUCUUGUACUUGUAAGAUGGGUAGGAGGGAUGAUCCGAUGGCUGUGGUGGAUAGUGAGGCGAGAGUCUAUGGUGUGAGUAGGUUGAGGGUGGUGGAUGCUUCAAGUUUCGCGGUCCUAUCUCCUGGCCAUCCGCAGAGUGUCGUCUAUGCAUUGGCGGAGAAAAUCUCGGAGGACAUUUUGAAGGGAAGAUGA